GUUUAAUUUUCAUGACGUCGAAUUAAAUACUUGAUUUUCGUAUUGAUCGUACGAAUUAAUUGAACAGUAUCCAGUGCCAAAGACUUAAAUCAUGGCUUCGUCGUUGAGCUCAAAAAUAAAGUUCAAUUGGCUGUGCGGCUUGUUCGAUAGAAUUUCCAAAGCCAAGAGCGCGGAAAAGUACGACAAGUUGAGGGAAUUCACCUACAAGUGUCGAAAGCUCGCGAGCGAAAUAAAAGCCGAUCAUCCUGAAGCGGAUACGUCUCUAUUUCCGGUUUAUCGUCUGAUAAUGCCGACUCUGGAGCGCGACAGAGGACCCUACGGUCUAAAAACGAAAAGUCUCAGCCUCCUGUACGUCCGAGUUUUUUGUCUGGGAAAAGAUAGUCCUAACGCCAGAAUAUUGACGGACUACAGAAAACCGGAAACGUCCAAGUGCACAAACGACGAUUUCGCCGAUCGCGUCCACUCGAUCUUACGCAACCGAUUGCCAGCCGUGUCCAGCGACUCGCUCACCAUCGAAGCUGUCAAUAAUUUCUUGGACGAGCUCGCCAAGUGCUCGGAAAACAACAAAAGCAGGGACGAGAUGUUCCAUCACUUUAUCCGUCGCACCAAAGUCAGCGCCGACGAUCUCAGGUGGCUCACGAGAAUUCUGCUGAAAGACUUGCGACUGAAUCUGCAGCAAAAAAGGGUGUUCGAAGUGCUACAUCCGGACGCGGAAAAGAUGUUCAACGUCACGUCGAGUCUGAAGCGCGUCUGCGAGCACUACUCGGUGGUGGGCCAGAACUCCGACGACGGUCAGAAUCUCGAGGUCGAGCUGUUCGCCCACGUCAAGCCGAUGCUCCUCGAGCGUCUCAAGUGGGAGCACGUCGGCAAACUGUUCAAGGACCAGCCGGCCAAGUACUUCGUCCAGACCAAGUUCGACGGCGAACGAUCGCAGAUACACGUGCGCGACGGCAGGUUCAAGUACUUCACGAGGCAGGGCUACGACAUCACGCAGAAGCCCAUGUACGGCGAGAGCAAGGACGCCGCCGGCGGUUUCGUGACGCGAAACAUCGCGGAGCUGCUCGCGCCCGAUUGCCGAUCCUGCAUACUCGACGGCGAGAUGAUGGGCUGGCACAAGGAGCGAGGCAGAUUCGGCACCAAGGGACAGAACUUCGACGUGAAGAAUCUGCUGGAGACGAGCAAGCAUCAGCCCUGCUUCGUGGCUUACGACCUGCUCGUGUACAACGACGCGAGCUUGAUGAACAAGCCGUACUCCGAGCGUUUGGAGUACUUGAGGAAGGCCUUUACCGAUCGAGAGGGCGUGAUGCAGCAUUGCGAGACCAGCACGGUCACCAACGAGCAAGAGUUGCACCGAUUGUUCAACGAGGCGUUGGAUCGAGACGAAGAGGGGAUCGUUAUCAAGAGGCACGACGCUCGUUACAGUCCGAACGUGCGCGAAAAAAGCGGCUGCUUCAAGCUCAAAGCCGAGUACUCCGACAAACUCGUGCAAGACUUGGACUUGAUAAUUCUGGGCGGCGAGUACGGCCAAGGUCGACACAGUGGUAUCAUCAGCUCGUUCGUCGUUGGCGCGGCCGGACCCCCGAGCAGCAGCAGCAGCAGCGGUGGCGACAAAGCAGCAGCCACGCCCUCGGAAUUUUAUCAAGUCGGCAGCGUGUCGUCCGGCCUGAGCGACGAGGAUCUGAGGACGCUGCAGGAGAAGCUGAGAGAUCAUUGGAAGGAUCGAAGGCCCGCGGGGAUCGUCCCCGCGAAGAAUGCCAAUACCAUUGCCAAAUGGGUGUCGCCGAAGAACUCCAUCAUUUUGCAAUUGAGAGCCUCGGAGCUGCAACCGACCACGAGAUUCCCUCUGGGCCUGACCCUGCGCUUUCCGCGAGUCAUGAAGGUGAGACACGACAAGCCCUGGUACGACGCCUGCUCCGCGGCCGAGCUCAAACGCAUAGCCGAGGAGAAGGCGGAGAAGGAGCGCUCCAAAACGGCGCUGUCGAAAUUGACGAAGAGGAAAGCCAAACUCGAGGACAUCGAGGUCGACAACGGCCAAGAGGACGAGGAGCGAGAGGCCAAGCCGAAAAUACGUAAGUACCAAGCCGCAGCUGUGUACGACGCCUUCGCGCCGACCGUGCGAGAGUUCGAGGUGACGCGCCUGUCGCGUCUCUUCGACGGCAGGGAGAUCUGCGUGAUCAACGGCGACGCGGAGCUGAGCAAGCGCGACAUCGAGCUCGUGCUCACCGAGCACAUGGCCAGAGUCGUGCAGAAUCCCGGCCGGGACACUUACUGUUGCGUUGUCGGCGAUCCCGAAACGUAUAAAGCAAAGACUCUGAUUGCUUCUGGGAAAUACGACGUCGUCAAAGUCGAUUGGCUGAAGAGAGCGACUCGAGCGGAAAAUAUCGGGAAACUCCAAGAGUUUCUCCCCUGGGACAUGUUAGCCACUCGAGAAACUACCAAAGCCAGAUUCAACGAGACGUACGACGAGUAUCAGGACAGCUACACGCAAGAUAUCAAAGACGAGGUGGAUCUGAAGCGCAUCUUUAAAAAUAUCGACGAUUCCGGAGACAAGCUCGAAUUGACGGACGAGCAAGCGAAGCAACUCGACGAGGAAUUGUUCGGCAGCGACAAAUCGCCCUACUCGGUAUUCCGUGGCCUGGUCGGUUACUUCGACGAUGUGGACGCCUGCGAGCGAUACUCCUUUGAAUUUAUGGGUGGACAGGUGGCUAAGAGCUUCGACGAGCAUCGGGUCCAGUAUGUUUUCGUCGACGACGACGACGGGGUAAUUCCAGACGCGUACGCAAACAAAGACGUGCGAAUUGUGAAAAAAAGCUGGAUCGCCGCUUGCGUCGAGCAGAGAAAAUUUUUGCCUAUCGACGAUUAUACACCUUGUUGAUUUUUUAUGCUUGUACUGCUAUCUUACAUUUGUUAACUUAGUUAUAAGAAUACACCCCCCGCAUGUGCUUGUAAAUAUAGGUUCUAAUGAAUGAAAAAUAAAAAUCAUGUAAUUUCGUAAAGGAA